GUCCACCAGAAGCCCCCGCUGCACGUCCCAGUGUCUCCUCCGCGGGGCUGGGUUGUGUGACCGUGGCUUGGUCCAGCCCCGCCUAUGACGGAGGCUGUGUCAUCACCGGGUACAGUGUGGAGAUGAGGACAGCUCUGUCACACCAGUGGAAUGUGGUUGCUGACAGAUGCCACUCACUGUCACAUGUGGUCCGAGGACUGACUCCAGGACAGACUUAUCUGUUCAGGGUGAGAGCAGAGAACAUCCACGGAGCCAGUGAGAGCAGCGCUGAGUCCUUCCCCUUCACACUGCAGUUGCCCCACACAGGUUUGCGGGAAGAUGAAGGUGAAGGAGAGGGAGAGACAGAGACAGUUGUAGAGGAGAGGUUGGUAGUCCCUCAGCCUGGUGAUGAGUUCCUGGAACGCUACUCUGUACAUGAGGAGCUGGGCAAGGGCCGAUACGGGGUCGUCCACAAGGUAACGGAUCUGCGGACAGGCCACACGAUGGCUGCCAAGUUUGUACGCUGCAUCAAGAAGCAAGACAGAGAGAAAGUACAGGAGGAGAUAGACAUAAUGAACUGUCUGAGGCAUCCCAAGCUGCUGCAACUUGCUGCGGCCUUUGACAAUCCCAAGGACAUGGUCAUGGUCAUGGAAUACAUCUCCGGAGGUGAGUUGUUUGAGAGAGUUGUGGCUGAUGACUUCACACUCACAGAGAGAGAUUGUAUACUGUUUCUGCGACAGAUCUGUGAAGGCGUCAGAUACAUGCACACCUGCCAAGUUGUUCAUCUAGACCUUAAGCCAGAGAACAUCAUGUGCCACACAAGGACGUCGCAUCGUGUCAAGAUCAUCGACUUCGGUCUCGCACAGAAGCUCCAGUCCAACACUCCGGUCCGAGUGUUGUUUGGAACCCCCGAGUUCAUUCCUCCUGAGAUCAUCAACUACGAACCCAUUGGUGUAGAGUCCGACAUGUGGUCUGUGGGGGUCAUCUGCUAUGUCCUACUGUCAGGGCUGUCACCCUUCAUGGGGGAUAACGACGCUGAGACAUUCGCCAACAUCACUCGGGCCGACUUCGACUUUGACGACGAAGCAUUCGAAGCCAUCUCCCAAGACGCUAAAGACUUCAUCAGUUCACUUCUUAUCAAGAGAAAAGAGAAGAGACUAACAGCAGAGGAAUGUCUAAAGCACAAGUGGCUCACACAAAGUGACACAACUAUGAACAGUGUCAAGCUGUGUACAGACAAACUCAAGAAGUUCAUCAUCAGGAGGAAGUGGCAGAAGACAGGGAAUGCUAUCCGGGCGCUGGGACGUAUGGCAACACUGUCUGCGGCUAGUAGACGCAACUCUAGCACCAGCACGCCCCCCUCCCCCCGCCCCUCCCUGGCUGCCUCACGUCUGUCUAGCCUGGACGAGGAGGGGAGGGGCGACCGUGACCGAGCACGGGGCCGAGUAUGCAGUGAGCGCAGUGACAGUGGCAUCAGCGACUGUAGCAGUAUCAACACCUCGGCUACCCCCACCACUCCCUGCCAUCUCCUCAACAAGAAAUACUCUAUCUGCGAAGAGCCCGAGCACGACCUUAGUAGUUGUAGACUAACUGAGCACGGUGUGACUGUUAACAAACUGUGUGACGGUGUUAACGGCAAAGCCUCUAAUGUUUCAGUCGCUGCCAAGAAACGAACGACAAAUAGCUUAAGACUCGACAGUGAGCCCGCCAAAGCGCCUUCUCCCACUUUACAAAAGGACGCUAAACUAUUCGGCAAAAGUGAAAACUUCCAAAAGGCCUUUGCUUUUUGGAAACAGUAAUACUAUGUACAAAGCCUUCGCAGUGCCCGUUGCCAAAGUUAUUGUUAAUGAAACAGAUUGUUCUAUACGGAUAGAAUAGUUGUGUUUUCAGUUUUAGUCUAUUGUUAUGCUUAUAGCCGAGUAAAUAUAGCUUUUAUCGUCAAUUGUUAUCAUAAUGAUAACUUAUUUCGUAUCAUUUAAUAUAUUGUAUCCUGUAUUGUUACUAUUAGCGUCAAUAAAUUAAAAUUUUAUUUAUUAAA